CAUCAACAAACAUGGCCGAACCGCCAGGUUCAAAGGACCCUGUUACAGACACAGAGUGGUCAGAUGGAGAGGCUUUAACAAAAGUCCCGUUUGUAAAAGACGUCAAACUUGUGUCGGUAGAACAUCCAGCCAUUGUUAACGAUGUUGAUAAAGCGUUGGCAACACUUGGAGGGUGUGAAGAAUUGUCCAAGUCAUUCAGCAAUACCAACAAACGCAUUGCUUUACGUUGGAGACCUAAGGACAUUUACUGUAAGGCAGUGUAUGGAGAAAGAUACCCCACAACUAAUUUAUUGAUGAAGAUAAAGAGAAGAUGGAGGAAAGGCAAGCCAGAAGAAUCUAAGUACAAUAUGGAGGUCAUUGGGGUUAUUGAAAUCACUUAUAAAUUCCAAGCCAUGGUAGACUACCAGUAUCUGCCUAUGACUCGACAGCCAGACCAGAGUUAUACCAGCCUGACUGAAAAACUGGUUCUCAACAAGUUGUGUGACCGGCGUGAGUUUCUAGAUAAUGGCUGCUCACUCUUCCUACCCCCAAGCAGCUUCUCCAGGAUGGACUUUCCCGACAAGACUUACCUCCUCCGGAAGGAUAUCGAACACAGACCUGGCUACGUCAACCCUGACCGCAACCGUCCUCAAAACCUUAUUGGCACAGUGCGCCAGAAGAGGACCAUUUUUACGCAGUUCUGUAGUUUUGGAGAUCAUGUUCCAACCCAUGUGUCGGAGAAAGUCGUGGCCGCUCUGAGGUCCAAGUACAACAAUCCAGAGGCUGAACAAAAACUUGAACAGCUUUUUAAGGAGCGACCAAUUUGGUCUAGGGCAGCUUUGAACCUACAUUUUCAUAAAUACAAGAAGAAGCUGAAGUACCUACUACCUCUGACAGGGUUUUACUAUUUGAGUGGACCUUGGCGCUGCUUGUGGUGCAAGUUUGGGUUUGACCCUAUAGAAAACCCAGAAGCCAAAAUGUUUCAGACCGUGGAUUUCAGAAAACGACAAGGUUCAGUUGGGGAAAGAGUUGGCAUCAAAUUGAAGAGAAAAGAAAACCUUUUGCAGUUUCAGGCCAUGAGAAGAAAUGUUGUAGGUGACACCAAAAUUAAUAUUCGUGACAUUGUCAUGGAAGAAGAAGAGGCUGUGGCUGAGCCUGCACCAUUGGGGACAGAAGAUGCAGAAAAACUCACCAAAGAAGAACAGCAGUUUAUCUACACACCUACCACCAUUCCACCGUGUCGACAGAUGUUCUACCAGCUCUGUGACAUCCGAGCUCCCAGGAUACAACACAUUAUACACAAGAAUGAUGGAAAGGAGAAGACGUGCACAGAGAGAGAUGGGUGGUGUGAGGCAAUGGCCAUUGACAAAUGUCGAGACCUGAUGUCGUAUUACACUAUGAAGAUACUGAGUAAUGAGGAGGACCAGCAGGUCUCUAUGGUAGACUACAUAGCAAGGCGGAAAGCUAACUUCAGGAAGAAAAAGACACGUAUGGCCAGAAUCAACAAGUUUGGAGAGGACAUGUCAGAAUCAGACUCCGAUGUCUCAUCAGACGACACUGAGUUAGAGAUGGAAAAGGUGGAAGCAGGUCCCACAGGAGGGGAUGAAGAGGUGGAGCAAGAGGGCGAAGAGGAGGAGGACAUGAAUGAAAUGGAGACAGAAUUACUAGACUGUAUCUGAAAGAACACAUUAUUUCGAUAUACAAAAUAUGUUACUCAACAUCUCUACAAGCAGUGCCCAUAUAGGACUGAUGGUGAGACAAAAGGUACCUGUCUAAUACAAACACAACACUCAUUACAAAGUUGCUAAAACGGAUCUAAGUGCUACAUUACAUACUGAGAUCAGGUGAUAAUGGCAGAUCUUUGAUGAGUGUUGGUUGUCUAAAGGAUAAGUGUGAGUGUUCCUAUGAACAUAUUACUUGGUCUAUACAAGGAAGAAGUGUCUGUGGGCCAUCUGAAGAAGUGUCUGUUGGCCAUCUUAGGGGGAAAUGUUAAUGGACAGUCUGAGGGAAAGGUGUAUGGGGGAGAAGUUGAAGAGGCAUCUUUAGAAUUUCAGACUUGAUAGUCGAAUUGAUAUUGAGGUUAAUGUCCAACUAAAUUCCAUCUCUUGUACCAUUCCUUGAGUAUAGAACGUUUUUUAUUGCUAACAGAACUGCAUUCACAUAGGUAUUGAUUACUUGGGGAAAAAGAAUAAAUAUAUCUGAGAUCUGAGGAUGAAAAUUCUAAAAUCUGUUAGCAGAAAUAAGAAUGGCAUGGUACAAAUAUUGAACAGGGACAUAGGUAUGAGGUGUAUCUGGAGGCAUGGCCAGUGGACCUUACAUAUAAACCUGGAGGUCAGGACACCCUGUGAGUGUGUAUACUAAUACUAUGUAUGACUUGACAUAUUCAAAAACAUCCCUCCCGUCAGCAAAAUUCCUUAAACUGGUUUCACAGUCAGUGGGAUAUAAUGUUGGUAUAUAAUAGUUGGUGUCUACCACAUCGAAAGGUGUGUUAGUCAUGGUGUAUUGAAUGACAUUGAGAUGAGUCAUGUUGUGAGGAAGAAAUUAAAGGAAAGAUGUGAAAUAACUGAAAGGAAUAAAAUGAAUCUUCAA